CGCAUUAUAAAACAACCAAACAAAAUACACCGCCCAACGGGCGGGUAAAAAACUAGUUUAGUUGAAAGCCUUUGAUUGGUGGAGGAAUCAAUGCAAGAGGGAGGGGAAAGAACAAGAGUAAAGUUUUUAUUGUUGUUAUUUUUUUAAUAAAAAAAUAUGCCAAAAUUUAUAUUAAUCUAUGUGCCACAAUUAAGUUAUUGAUUUUUAUUAAAUUGUUUUUGAAAAGAUUUUGCUAUUAAUUUAUUUAAAACGAGAGAUUUAGUUAUUAUAUUGUAUUUACUCUAUUUUUAUAGGUAGAAGAGGCGGGUAUGAUUUUCGUGCGAGAGCCAAAACAAAUUUUUUGAACCUAAGUAAGAUUUUAAGCCAAAAAAUUCUCCCUCAUAUAAUCUUGAACAACUAUAUUAUGACGAACAUGCCUUUUGUCAAAGCCGAAACGACUAUAUUAUGACGAACAUGCCCUUUUGUCAGCUCGCUGUGUGAUUAUUGCUAUCUAUUGUAACAAAAUUAUUUGUCAUUAAACAAUUCAGGAAGGCAUAAUAUGACAAAAGCUACUCUGACGAUAUAAUUUGUCACUUUUGUGUCUCUUACAUUCCGAUAUGGGAUGUCUAUUUUGAAAAACUUAAUUGUGACACGAAAUAUUUGUCACAUUACUCACUUUAAAUGACACACUAUUCUGACAACAAGAAAUUUGUCACUAUUGAGUCUCUUACAUCUCGAUAUGGGACGCUUGUUUUGACAAAUAAAUUGUGACACGAAAUAUUUGUCAUAUUACUCACUUUAAAUGGCGAAUUAUUCUGACAACAACUAUUUUGUCACAUUGGGCAUACCAAAUAGGACAUAUAUUAUUUUUGUCAUAUCACCGUACCUAUUGUGACAAACAGAAAAUGACGAAAUGAAAAUUUUGUCCUAAUAGGCCGAAUUUGUUGUAGUGCGCGCAACAUAGCGAUGACCGAGGUGCUCACCUCAAAGUUGUUGGCUGGGACAUGAGGGUGCUGAAUGGGCGACCUCAUGUCCGCAGCUUUGGCGGUCCAGUAGUACCCAAUGGUUUGCUCCUCAGGAAGGACCACAUCAUGGUUGCACCCUUAAUUCUUAUCCGUUUGCGGCUAGUAGUCGUGUAUUUUUUGCCCAUUUUACGCUGGGUUGUGCUACUUUGUCAUAUUUCAGGUCUCAGACGUCGAAGGAAAGGCUAAGCACGAGAUUCGAGGCAUUUGGAGGUCAUUCGGUCGAGCUGGGGGCAAAACACGGGCAGGAGGCCUGAAGAACAUGACCGUGUACAGAAACAAGCACGCCAGUGUUUUUAUGUGCGAGAGCUGAACUGAUGGAAAAUCAAAACACAGGCUGGCCUAAAGAAAAACACGGUCGUGUCCAUAUUUAGGCACGACCGUGUGUUGGCCGACGCGGGCGUGUUUUUAACACGUGGCAAGGACACGGAUGAGCAAAAGCAAAACACGGUCGUGCCCUCGAUCGUGUUUUGCCCAAAAUCGGAUUUUUGAGGCAGAUUCGAGCCAAAGGAGAGGGAGUCGACUUUUUGGAGGAAAAACAGAGUUUUAGAGAGAGAAAGUGUGAAGAACAAACCCUAAGAGCUAUUUGGAGUGGAUUUCUCACCAUUGAAGCCCAGAUUGCAUCCCCAGGAGUGAAGAUUGACAUCCCAGAGCUGAUUUUCCUCAUCUUUAUGAGUAUGACUAAUCCAAUUUCUGUUUUUCUCUCUCUCUAUGGAGUAGAACUUUCUCUCACUUGGUUAUGAAGAACCCUAGUUCCAUGUGUUAGGAAUCUUGAUUGUAAUUACGUUUAGAUUGUGAUAUUGCUUGAUUGUAAUCAAUUAAAGUGUUUUGAUUGAGUCAAUUGAAGUCUGAUCAUCUUUUAUUGAUUUCUGCUGCAACUUGAGAUAGAUAGAAUCUGAUUAGGUUGUUAGAGCUUCUUCAUUCGGUAGUAGUGAAUCAAUUAUACGAGAGUUGGUCGAUUCACUGCUUUGUACUAGAAUCCAAUUCCAGUAGUGGAAUUCUCUAGGUUCAUUGCCUCAGCGUUCUAUCCUAGUGAAGACUAGUCGUCUGCCGGGUAGUUUGACUGAGAGGGCUUGGUCAGCUUAAGAGAUUCCAAGCCACUGUCGGAUCUUCCGCAGUAUAAUCAGCAGUAAAGCAACCAAAAGUAAUUACAACUGUGACCUAACUAAGGAGCUAGGGGGACUCAUUCCCGAGUGACUCUUCCUUUGCUUUAGAAAACCGAACCAUUUCCUGCUUUCUUACUGCUUUUACUUAAAUCAACAAUCAAUCAACUUAGUUUGCUAGAUAACGGAUAUACACGUAGUAAGCAGUAGAUCUAGACCCCGGGUUGAUAAUUAGAGCUUGCCUGUUACUCAUGGUCCAGGAUACCGGAUCGGACCGGCCGGUUGAACCGGAAACCGGACCAAGUCCGACACGAUAGGAGAGCCCAGCGAUUUUUUGUGUGUCGGCCGGUCCAAACAAAACAACCCUAACCGAUUGAAUUCCAUCCGUCCAAACAAAACAACCCUAACCGACGAAAUUCAUUCGUCUUCUUCCUUUGUCCUCCCACCCUACUCGUACUCCCAGCAACUGCCGAAAAGGUGAAAACCCUUCCAGAGCCUGCCUCCGUCCCCAACUCGUCGAGAAACAACAGCAGCCGGCGACUCCGUCUGUCCGUCUCUGCCUCCUUCACUUCCUCACUUCCUCCCCGACUCCGUUCGUUCUCGACUCGCCGAGAAACAACAGCAGCCGGCGACCCCGACUUGCUGAGAAACAGCAGCAGACGGAACGAAACAUUCCUCCAUUGUAGACGUCCGCCGCCGUAACAUUGAGUUCAAGCAUUCAAGAUAAAUGGAUUCCAUAUUCCAUUUUGUCCCGUCACUUUAUGACAAAUUAACAACGUUAAUCAAUCACCUAUGAAAAUGAAAUAGUAAGCGAAUAGAUGGGUUGAUUUUGAAAUGUUGUGGACGAUUAAUACUUGAUUUUUUAUUGUUGCAUAGUUUGUUGAUGGUUAUGUUACCUAUGUCUAUUUAGCAUAUUUUGUUUUGUUGUCCAGUAUAUUUCGGUUUUAUCCGGUAUUAGUUCGAAACGGUACCAUGAUUUUGCCGGUACGGUUUUUUAACAAAAAUAUUUUUUUUUGUUAUCAAACGGUAUUUUACCCGUACAUAACGGUUGUACCACGGUCGUACCACAAAAUACCCUACCACAAACGAGUCCGGUAUGAUUUCCGGUACGGUUUCCUGAACCAUGUUGUUACUGCAUUUCCGGACUGCGAUUACGCUUUGUCGCAGUUUGGUGUUGUGUUUUGGCAUGUCAAGUUUUUGGCGCCUUUGCCGGGGAACCUAUAGGUUAUUGGAGAAACGUGGAAGUUUGUUACUCUAGCUUCUUCUUUACUGCCUUUUCUCUCUUCCACCUGUGUGCCUUCACGGGUUGCUUUUGCUGAUUGUGUGCAGGUAGUGCAUGACCCGUAGCUAGUCGGGAGAUUUACUACCAUUAGACCAAGAGCUUGAACGGACCUGUAGGAACUUCAAGCGGGCUCUAAAGGCGCGACUGGCUGCGGAGGAGGUGCUAGCACAACUGCAAAUCGCCGACGAAGAAGAGAUGGGUGACCCACAUAACAAAGAUGUGGUCAUUCCCGAGGAACAUACAAUAGGGUACUACUGGACCGCCAGAGCCGCGGACAUGAGGUCGCCCAUUCAACACCCUUAUGUCCCAGCCAACAACUUUGAGGUGAGCACCUCGUUCAUCACUAUGUUGCGUGGCUCGGUAGUAUUCCGUGGCAAAGAGGGGGAGUGCCCCCGAUCACAUCUGAGGCGAUUCCACGAGCUCAUCGAUGGAAUCAAGAUAAAUGGGGUCCCAGCCGAUGCCAUCCAGCUGAGGUACUUCCCAUUCACUUUGGAGGGGCAGGCCAAGGAGUGGCUGGACACCAGGCCCCCUGGAUCGAUCACCACGUUCGCCAACCUGGCAGACAAGUUCCUCACUCGCUACCAUCCUCCGUCCAAGACGACGGACAUGCAGAAGCAAAUUACCCACUUUGCUCAAGACGAAGAUGAGACCAUUCGGGAUGCUUGGGAGAGAUACACCAGUCUCUUCCUCAAGUGUCCCAACCAUGGUUUUACUGACGCCUUCAAGGUGGGCACCUUUUACCAUGCCCUCUUCCCGGAGAAGAAGCAGCUGAUUGACUGAGUCUGUGGCGGGAAUAUGCUCACCAAAACACCGCCACAGCUGAAUCACCUCUUUGAAGAGAUGGCAAAGCAGGGCUAUGACUGGGGAAAUGUGAGGAGAUCGAGAUGAGCACCAGGGAGGGGUGUGAUUGCUGUAGCCAGCGAGUCAUCUGAUUUGGUGCAGGUGGUAUCGUAACUGGUUUCAGCCAGCGAUCGUUCUGGGAUGAUUUCAGGUACAUGACAGCAGCAGGCGAUGCACUACCAGUGGUGUGACAGCACCCAUCACACCGUGGAGGACUGUCAGGCGAUGAGGGAGUCGUCUAGUCCCCAGGAGCAGGUGAACUUCAUCAACAAUGCCAGGCGCAACGAUCCUUUCCGUAAUACCUACAAUGAGGGAUGGCGCCAACAUUCCAAAACCACCUAGCUUCGAGACUCCUGCAGCUAGUUUUCCAAACCAGAGGCAGUCAUACCAGCCUCGCCCGGGCCAGAUGCAGCAAUAACAACCACUCUAUCAGCCCAGAUAGGGGCAGGCUUUUCAAAAGCCCCACAGCAGCAGUACCAGCAACCUGGUGCACCUUCAUCAGUCCGAGCACCGGGCGAUCCCGUGUCGGAACUGAGGGAUCUAGUGACUACCUUGGCGAGCACUAGUACACAAAAGUUUAAUAAAUUGGAGCAAUUCAU